AACAUCAGAGCAGAAAAUGAGGUUAUGCUACUAUCACUUUUUUCGACUAUACGCAAUAGGUCACCAAAAUGUGUUAACACUACACGAAAAUUUCGAAUAAUUGUUUCUUUUGUUAUAUAAUAAGCUCUAUUUUCGAAUUGUUUAGUUAAAAAGUAACAAUGGCAAAACAUUUGAUACAAAUUAUAGUACUAGGAACACAGGCCAUUGGAAAGGCAUUUAGCAAAGCGCUUCGUCAAGAAAUUCAGGCGUCACAAGAGGCGGCAAAAAGAGCGGGCGGUGGACAGCGAGGCAAUCAAAGAGCCGCAGCAAAUGCACAAACAGGCAUUACAUUAGAAGAGGCCAUGCAAAUCCUAAAUGUUGAUAAACUAGAUCCAAAAGAAGUGCAAGCCAAAUACGAACUCAUGUUUAACUUGAACGAAAAGUCAAACGGCGGUUCAUUUUACCUGCAAUCAAAAGUGUUUCGGGCGAAAGAGCGAAUCGAUCAUGAGCUAAAAGAUGUGCUAAAAAAACAAAAUCAAUCGGAGAGUAAAACGGAAACAAAAGAUAAAACGAGCGACAAAUGAAACAAUUAUUAGGAUUUGUUCAACAUUUUCACCGUACAUAAACGAAUAUAAGUGAUAGACAGCAUGAAUAAAGUGUAUGGAAAAUUACAAAUCGAUAUUGUUUAUUUGCGUAUAGAAAUGUGUCUUACAUCUUCUAAUGAUAUACAAUCAAUUCAGUACAAAUAUUGGGAAGAGAAAUA